AAGGCUGCACACAAUGCCCAAGGUUGCAACCAACGCUUACCCCGUCUCGGGGCUCUUCGCCAUCGCGAAGCCAUCGGGGCCGACGUCCAUGUCGCUUUUGAACGACCUGCAGCCGCUGAUUGCGACGAGCAAGCUGUUCGUCAGCGAGGACAAGAUCAAGGAAUUGAAGAAGAAUAAGAAGCCGAGCAGCAAGAAGUACAGGCAGGCUGUAAAGAUCGGGCAAGGGGGAACUCUUGACCCCCUCGCUGACGGAGUUCUUGUUGUCGGAAUAGGCAAGGGGACCAAGAAGCUCAACGAGUUCUUGCUAUGCUCAAAGGAAUAUCGGACGACGGCUCUCCUCGGGUGCGAGACAGAUACAUACGAUAGCGAGGGCUCGCAAGUACGGCAGGCGCACUGGCGGCAUGUCACACGCGAAGCGGUCGAAGCUGCGAUCCCGCAAUUCGUGGGGGAGAUCCUGCAGACACCACCAAUCUUCUCCGCGCUCAAAAUGGAGGGCAAACCUUUGUACGAAUACGCCCGUAACGGCAUACCGCUCCCGCGGCCUAUAGAAGCACGAAAGGUCACGGUACACUCCCUCGAGGUCGACGAAUGGCUUGGGUCAAAACACGCGUUUAAGCUACCCGAGAAGCGGCUGACAGACGCGGAGCGCGAGAAAUUGGAGGCAGCGCUACGCGGAAUACAGCCGGAUGCGAAGGUGCAGGACGAGCCCGAGCCUGCACCGACAGAAGCAGCGAAUGCCACCGAGGAUGCUGCCGCUCCCGCCGUCGACUCUAGCACUGCUCAAGCCAGCGCAGAAGAGACGGCGAGUGCUCCUACAGCCGCCGCGGAACCGAAGGACACUUUGGAGCAUCCCACUGCCUUUAGCCUCAAGAUGACUGUCUCCUCCGGCACCUAUGUUCGCACGAUUGUGCACGACUUGGCGCAUGCAGUAGGGAGCGCAGGACAUGUCGUGGUACUAACGAGGACACGACAGGGUCGCUUUAAACUGGGUGACUCAGUCGCCUCGCGAACCACCCCCGGUGCGCCCAAAGAGACAGCAGAGGCAAGCUCCUCUGCCGCUACCGAGGGCGCCGCCGAUGAUGCGCCCUCUACCGCCGAGGAGCCCUCGACCUCUACAGUCGAAGGCGCCGCUCAGAAUGCCGCACCCGCAGCUGCCACUUCCGAUGCUACACUCGAGCCCUCGCCAACCACUGUUGCGAUUCCCUGGACCAUCUUCGAGCGUGCCAUUAAAGGCGAGGACGGCCCGCCGGACGCGGAGGGCUGGCGUGAAUGGGAGAGGGAGGUCAUGGCAAAAAUGGAGGUGGUAUAGAGCGAGGUGCGAUAUGACUGUGUAUAUCAGGCAGUAAGACGAGUAAUCAUGAGCAGCUGAUGUGCGCGGAAAGCUACCGAAUUUGUAGUAUAGCGUUCAACUGAGCAACUCUUGCUCGUUCGACAUCACGACUUGCUCAUGCCUAUCACGUUUUGGUCGCGUUCAAGAGCUUCUAUCUGGAGAAUGGCCCGGAUCGACCGGCGCGAACGGGAAUUCGGCGCGGGGGUAUGUGUUCAAAUAAGCGCCCUGACGACGACAGCCAGGUCUUGCGGGACAUCGGCACGGUUCUGUUGACGAUCGACAGCUGGCUCAUUAGGUUGUCGCCCGAUACCGGUGAAUAGAGGAAAGAGACCGGUGAAUAGCCGUGAGUAGGAGAACCACCGCCGAGCGACUUGGCUUGCGAG